AGAAGGAGGGCCUGUUAGGCUAGCACUUCUGGCAGAAGGAACCAUUCCCGAAGUGUGACACAUCUUGUCGGCUCUUCCUUAGUGCUCGGAGCUGUCCAGCAAGGCAGACCUCCUGAAUAGAGCACAAUGUGACAGGCCAUGACAUCCGUCCGGGCAUCUCUAAUACACACACACCAGACAUGGAGGAUGAUCUAUUCCAGUUAAGACAUCUUCCUGUUGUCAAAUUCCGUCGGACUGGGGAAAGUGCCAGAUCAGAAGAGGAUAAUCUAUCAGGGGAACAUGAGAUACAGAUUGGACCUGUCCACACAGAUUUGGAAGCAGUGGAGCUUGAAGAUGGAACAAUUGUGCCAAAGGAGUUUGCAAACCCAACUGAUGAUACCUUUAUGGUGGAAGACGCUGUGGAAGCUAUUGGCUUUGGAAAAUUCCAAUGGAAGCUCUCAAUCCUUACUGGUCUGGCCUGGAUGGCAGAUGCCAUGGAAAUGAUGAUACUUAGCAUCCUGGCUCCACAGCUCCACUGUGAAUGGAGAUUACCCAGCUGGCAGGUGGCUUUGCUCACAUCGGUUGUCUUUAUAGGAAUGAUGUCAAGCUCUUCCCUCUGGGGAAAUGUCUCUGACCAGUAUGGCAGAAAGACAGGUCUAAAGAUUAGCGUAUUCUGGACUUUGUAUUACGGGAUCCUCAGUGCAUUUGCACCAGUCUAUAGUUGGAUUCUCGUGCUUAGAGGAUUGGUUGGUUUUGGGAUUGGAGGAGUCCCUCAAUCAGUGACCCUGUAUGCAGAGUUCCUUCCAAUGAAAGCUCGUGCAAAGUGUAUCCUGUUAAUUGAGAUUUUCUGGGCUAUUGGCACAGUGUUUGAGGUUCUACUAGCUAUUUUCGUGAUGCCCACAUUGGGAUGGCGCUGGCUUCUUAUACUGUCUACCCUCCCCCUCAUGAUUUUUUCCAUUAUGUGCUUUUGGUUGCCUGAGAGUGCAAGGUAUGAUGUUCUGUCUGGGAAUCAAGAGAAAGCUCUUGCUACUUUGAAGCGUAUUGCAACUGAGAAUGGUGCUCCAAUGCCUCUAGGGAAACUAAUCUUAUCUAGACAGGAAGAUCGUGGUAAAAUACGAGAUCUUUUUACACCUCAGUUUCGAUGUACAACACUGUUGCUUUGGUUUAUAUGGUUUUCCAAUGCCUUUUCAUACUACGGACUGGUUCUUUUAACUACAGAACUCUUUCAAGCUGGAGAUGCAUGCAGUAUUGCCAGCCGCAGGAAGACAGCAAAGCCAAAGUGCAGCCUGUCCUGUGAAUAUUUAACUGUGGAAGAUUAUACUGAUUUAUUAUGGACCACGCUAUCAGAAUUCCCUGGUGUGUUGGUGACUUUAUGGAUCAUUGACCGACUGGGGCGGAAGAAGACAAUGGCCAUCUGCUUUUUUGUUUUCUCUUUUUGUGCACUUCUUCUGUUUCUUUGUGUUGGAAGGAAUGUGCUCACAGUUUUACUCUUCAUAGCAAGAGCCUUUAUUUCAGGUGGAUUCCAAGCUGCCUAUGUUUACACUCCAGAGGUCUAUCCAACAGCUACACGAGCACUAGGUCUAGGAACUUGCAGUGGGAUGGCUCGUGUAGGGGCAUUAAUCACACCUUUUAUUGCACAGGUGAUGCUCGAGUCAUCUAUAUAUCUCACAGUGUUGGUGUACAGUGGUUGUUGUCUUUUAGCAGCACUGGCUUCUUGCUUCCUUCCCAUUGAAACCAAAGGCCGUGGGCUACAGGAGUCCAGCCACAGAGAAUGGGGUCAAGAGAUGGUGGGAAGAGGAGUGCACAACGAUGGAGUCACUUCUUCAAACUCUGGCUCACAAGAGUGACCCCCUCACCUCACCCACUAUUACUGACACUCACACAUGGAUAGCCUUUCAGUCUCACAUCUAUCAUUAGGACAUGGGCAGUAAUGGCCAAAGUAUUGCUAAACAAAAUUAGCACCGUUGUAAUGGGAUAAUGGUGUGCAAAGGUCCUUAAAAAAAAAAGAUUGAGACAUUAGCUAUUCUUAUGCUAUAGGGAGAGAAUUUGACACUGUUAAAUAACAUCAAUUGAGUAAAUUCAACAGUUAAAAACUUAUGUAAUACUGACAAGAAAAAAAAGAUACAGUAUCCAUACUUGAAAUGAAAUCUGACCCUGACACUAGAUAUGUUUGGAUGCUGUUGAUGUGUUUGAGAUCUUGAGUAAACCAGAGAAAGCCAUGGAUUAAGGUAUUCUAGAUAAUUCACCUCACAUGCUGUAGUUCCUUAUGAAUCAUUUUCUAGAUCGAGAGAUUGGAGAACUGCAGCUAACUAAUAAUAGUGAUGUUAAUAUUUGUUUAGACCUUGGUUUAAGCCUUCAGUUCUGCAAACUGUAUGGUCUAUUCAACUAGUUUGUUUACUAUUGUUCUUUAACUCCUUUUUGGCAUACAGUAGUAUGUGAUCAUGAGUUGUAAAUGAUGAGUGGUUUCAAACAUGAAGCAAGAAGAGGUGAGCAAUACUAGGUCAUCUUUCCCCAUCUGGCUCAGAGCAAUGUCUGGUGUUAAGAGUUUAAAAGAUGGUAAUUUAAGAAUUUAAAAUUUCUAAGGAAUAUAUAAAACUGAAAUAAUAUUUGUUGCAUAUUUGGGGUUGAGCAACUUACUUUAGUCUGCUUUGAACUUCAAAAUCAAUCUGUGACAAAAUAGCACUUGUGUAUGCAACAAUUCACUAAUUAGAUACAACUUAGAUUUUUUCUGGGUCCUUGUCUAUAUUAAUGUACAUUACACUGUAAGAAGAAAUUCAGCUGCUGUCUGGAAAAGCAUUGGGGACUUAAAAUGUAUGUAAACCCUAACUAUGAACAUCUUUACUUGGUCCAUUUUGGACCAUUAUACCUAUUUUAUCUUCACAAGUUCGAAAAAUACCUAUCGAUCUUGCCAGAAAUCUUGUGAGCUGAUAGCUUCCUAUGCUCUCUUUCUGUGCUGACAUUGUUCUCAGCUAUUUCUCAAAACUACAGAACCACACUUCUUGAUGCUAUCAAGAAUAGGUUGGGGUUCUGUAGUCCUAUCUAGUUUCUGUUGUCCUGACGGUUGUGUGAGCUUUGUCAUCUUAAGAAUGAAAGUGUGUUACUGGCUCAAUCACCAGGUGAAAAUAAAGGUAAAACAUAAAUAAGCACCACCACAUCUGCAGAAUGCAAGAUUGUGCAUUUAGCUGGUGCAGACAUUUUGUGUUUGGGUUCAAUUAUACUUUGAACAAAGGGCAUCAAAACAACUGGUAGUCCACUUAUGAAUAUCAGUCAGUGACAUCAUGAAUUUAAAAAUCUGUGAUCAUCUCUAACAAAACAACUUUCUUCAAAAUUGUAUAAUGCUGAAAUUGGCAAUUUGUUGGUUCUCAAGCCUCUGUAGUACUCAGAUGCUCAGGUUAAAAGAAGAAUUGGAAUGCAUAGACAGAACUGUUUAUUUUCAUUGGAAAAGACAGGGUUAACGGGACUGGUUUUAUGAGAGUAACAGAAAGUGAACCAUAUCAUUUCAAGUUCAGCUUCACACUAGGUUAUCAGGAUGCUGAGUCCUGGGUGUGAAUUAUUGCUCGUCUCUGCUUGGCACUGUAUGUAUGACGUCCAGCAGACGCAACAGCGCAGAAGAAUAGUGAAUGUUUGUGUGUCCGAAUGUACAGACUUUUAAUGAAUGCAUUUCAAUGUUUGAACGUCUCUGUGUCAGAAGCUUGUUGUAUGAUCUCUUCCUAUGUCCACAAUGCCUUGUUGACUUGGAUUUUAUUGUAAGUUGAAUAUUUUAUGUUCAAUAAAAUUUUUACAUUAAAAGGAA